AUGGUAAAUUUAAACACAAUAGCACCAAAAAAUGGCCGUUCUUACUACAUUGCAUUGGGAUUAGAAGGCUCGGCGAACAAACUAGGUGUCGGAGUCAUUAAACAUCCAAUUCUUAAAGAACAAGAAAUAGGUGAUCACUCUCACGAUUGCCAUGCUGAGAUAUUAUCAAAUAUUAGAGAUACAUAUACUACACCACCUGGAGAGGGAUUUUUGCCGCGUGAUACGGCAAGACAUCAUAGAAAUUGGUGUGUUAGAUUGAUCAAGAGAGCAUUGAAAGAAGCUAAAAUAAAUGAUCCUCGAUUAGACCUGGAUGUAAUAUGUUUUACAAAAGGUCCCGGAAUGGGUGCUCCUUUGCAUUCGGUGGUAAUUGCUGCCAGAACAUGUUCAUUGCUUUGGGAUAUUCCUCUUGUUCGUGUCAAUCAUUGUGUAGGCCAUAUUGAAAUGGGGAGAGAGAUUACCAAGGCAGUUAAUCCAGUUGUCUUGUAUGUUAGUGGUGGGAAUACUCAAGUGAUUGCAUAUUCUGAGAAUAGGUAUAGAAUAUUUGGAGAGACAUUAGACAUUGCCAUUGGGAAUUGUCUCGAUAGGUUUGCAAGAACGUUAAAAAUUCCUAAUGCACCUUCUCCUGGUUAUAAUAUCGAACAGCUUGCAAACAAAUGCAAAAAUAAAGACCAGUUAGUGGAACUUCCCUACACUGUCAAGGGAAUGGAUCUAUCAAUGAGUGGAAUCUUGGCAUACAUCGAUUCCCUUGCUAAAGAUUUAUUUAAGGGAAAUAAAAAGAACAAAAUUCUAUUUGAUACAAAGACGGGAGAACAAAAAGUCACCGUUGAAGACCUCUGCUAUUCCUUACAAGAAAAUUUAUUUGCUAUGUUGGUGGAGAUUACAGAAAGAGCAAUGGCACAUGUCAACACAUCUCAAGUAUUGAUUGUUGGUGGUGUCGGCUGCAAUGUGCGAUUACAAGAAAUGAUGGCCCAAAUGUGUAAAGAUCGAGCCAAUGGCCAGGUUCAUGCCACUGAUGAAAGAUUUUGCAUUGAUAACGGUGUCAUGAUUGCGCAAGCAGGGUUGCUUCAAUACAGAAUGGGUGACGUAGUGAAGGACUUAAAGGAAACCAUUGUCACGCAGAAGUUUAGAACGGACGAGGUAUAUGUGUCGUGGCGUGAGUGA